AGUCCACCUACGCCGUCGCCAACACUCGGAGAAAGUUGUUUACCGAGCACGACAUCGCCGGAGCAAGACCUCUCGCCUCGUCGCAGUUUUCGAAACAAAAAGCGGGAGCGAAAAUUGGACUUCGGUAUUUCGAGCAGAAAUGAGGACUUGGCACUUGAUUGGACAGUGAGGACAGGUCGCAGAAGUCCUAAUGCUGAUACCAAGCGGAAAAAAUCUGGCGUAAUGAUACAUCACCAUCAUGCACAACACCACGCAUCAAAUGAUCAUGAUGCCUCAGGAGGUCUUCAAGAUGGUUCAGUGGGAGGUCAGCACAUUUCGUCCAAGCGAGUCCACGGGAAAACAAGCUUUCACCACGAUCAGAACUACGAGACGCAGCGUCUGCUUUCAUCUUCAUAUCAAGAGGGGGACCACUCGACCAAAUUGAAAAUGCACAAAACUAGCAUGUUUGUCAAUCACGUAGCUGCAACUGGAAGCGGCAGCGGGACCGCAACGAUGCUGGAAGGUUCGG